UCCAGGGGACGCACCAGGGUCAUGAUCGACUGGCCCAAUGUGACGGCCCCCGGCCCCCCGGAGCCGGGCCUGGAGCCCGAGGAGCUGCAGAAGUCCAAGUGCGUGUUGGGCUUCAUCCCGGUCGUCUACUACAGCGUCCUGCUGUGUGUGGGAGUCCCAGUGAACGUCCUCACGGCGGUGGCCUUGUCUCGCCUGGCGUCCCGCACCAAGAAGGCUCUGUACUAUUACCUCCUGGCCGUGACGGGCUCGGACAUCCUCUCCCAACUCUUCAUCAUCUUCGUCGGCUUCCUGCUGGAGACGGCGGUCUUUCACCGCGACGUCCCUUCGCUCCUGCUGCACUCGGUCAGCGCCGCAGAGUUCGCUGCUAACCACGCCUCCAUCUGGUCCACCGUGCCCCUGACCGUGGACCGCUACGUGGCGCUGUGCCACCCGCUGCUCCACCGCCAGAUCAGCUACCCGGCCCGGGCCAGGAGGAUCAUCGCCGUGGUCCUGGCGUUAUCGCUCGUGUCCGGCGUGCCCUUCUUCUGGUGGUCGGACAUGUGGAGGAACAGCCACCCGCCCACGUCGCGGGACGCCGUCCUCAUCUGGACACACGUGACCAUCAUCUACUUCCUGCCCUGCAGCAUCUUCUUGGUGCUGAACUCGUUGAUCAUGCGGACGCUGAGGCAGCGGCAGCGGCGCGGCCACGAGGAGCGUGGGCCCAAGGCGGGGCCUCCAGGGCGCCUCGGGAAGAGCACGGCCAUGCUGCUCGCCAUCACCUCGGUGUUCUCCGUGCUGUGGGCGCCCAGGACGGUCGUGGUCAUCUACCACCUGUACGUGUCCUCGGUCCACCGGGACUGGCGCGUGCACCUGGCCUACGACCUGUCCAACAUGCUCGCCAUGCUCAACACCGCCGUCAACUUCUUCCUCUACUGCUUCGUCAGUAAGCCUUUCCGCGGCGCCGUGCGGGACGUGAUGCUGCUCAGGGGGGGGCCGCUGUAUCCACGCCGCGCUCUGCCGCAGCACCACGCCCCCAACCACGCCUCCAUCUCCUCCCUGUACAGUGGGAACCUCAAGCGCUGGCAGCGGGAGCCCACCCCCCUGUCGCCUCGCAGGGCCACGGGACCCUCGUGA